AGAGAGAGACAGAGACAGAGACAGAGACAGAGUGUGAGCUGGGGAAGGGGCAGAGAGAGGGAGACACAGAAUCCUAAGCAGGCUCCAGGCUCUGAGCUGUCAGCACAGAGCCCGAUGCGGGGCUCGAACUCACAAGCCGCAUAAUCAUGACCUGAGCUGAAGUAGGUCGCUUAUCUGAGCCACCCAGGUGCCCCUUAAAAGCAUAUUUCCAGAGUGAAUUAUACUCUUAAACUAAAAUUUUACUGUAAUCUAAGUAGUUCAUUUUUUGUUGCUUAUUAGUGCUUCUCAGGUUUGGGCAUGAUUUGAAAAAUGUUAAAUUGUUUAUAUUUUUAAGUUGUUGCCCCUUUUCACUUCCAUACUAGGUUAAGGAGAAUAUCCUAUUGGAAAUAAUCUUAAGACAGUUGUAUUUUAUCUCUUGGAUUCUCCUAUUCAGAAAUGUUGAACACAAUGUACCAGUGGCCUUGACUUACAAAUAAUUGACUCUGAUUCAAAAGUAGGUUCUAUUAAAUGACUUCAUUACUUUUAAGGAUCUUGAAUUGUAAUAUUUGACUAUUGUAUUAUUCAUUUUCUUUUUUUUUUUUUGUAUUAUUCAUUUUCUUAAAUUUACAUUUAGUAAUUGUGUAAGGUCUCAUUAUUUAUUCUAAUCCAACAAUUCCCAACCUUUGGUUUACCAAAAAAUGUUUAUGAAAAAUUGUAGAUAUAUAUAGGUUUGAUGAAGGGCCCAGGAGUAUGCAUUUAAAAAAAAAAUACUAGGCAGUUUUUAUGCAGGUGGCUGUGGACUACACUUUGAAAAAACAUAACUGUACAUAAAGAGUUUUUAUUUACUGUCACAAUUCUUGUAUUAAAACCAUAUUUCUCAUUGUUUACCUGAUUUCUGUAUUGACUCUUACAUUUCUUGAAUGCCUGCUAUGAGAGAUGUUGUAUUAGGUAUAUCAGAUCAAAGAUUAAUAAGAUAGCUUCUGCCUUUAAGGAGCUCAGUAAGUCGUUGGGUGAGAUCGGUAAACAAUUCCGAGCAGUCAGAUGAGUGCUAACUGGGUAUAAGCAAACCUUAUGGAAGCAUCACACACACACACACACACACACACACACACACACACACACACACUUUGCCUGGAAGAAUUAGGGUGGGAAAAGUUUCCCAGUGGAGAUGAUAACCAGAGAUUGAAGAAAGUAGAGGAGUUUAGAUAACAUCAAAAUAAAAAGCUUCUGCACAGCAAAGGAAACAAUCAACAAAACUAAAAGGCAACCUACUGAAUGGGAAAAGAUAUUUGCAUAUGACAUAUCUGAUAAAGAGUUAGUAUCCAAAAAUGUAUAAAGAACUGAUACAACGCAAUACCCCAAAACCAAAUAAUCCAAUUCAAAAAUAGGUGGAAGAGGGGUGCCUGGUGGGCUCAGUUGGUAGAGCAUACAGCUCUUGAUCUCAGGGUCAUGAGUUUAAGUCCGAUGUUUGGUGUAGAGCUUACAAAAAAAAAAAAAAGGGCAGGAGACAUGAACAGACAUUUCUCCAAAGAAGACAUACAGAUGGUCAACAGACACAUAAAAAUAUGCUCAACAUCACUUCUCAUCAGGGAAAUGCAAAUCAGAACUACAAUGAGAUAGCACCUCACACCUGUCAGAAUGGCUAAAAUCAAAAAGACAACAAGUGUCGUCAAGGAUAUGGAGAAAAAGGAACCCUAGUGCACUGUUGGUGGGGAUGCAAACUGGUUCAGCAGCUGUGGAAAAUGGUACACAGGUUUCUCAAAGAGUUAAAAAUAGGGGUGCCUGGCUGGCUCAGUUGGAAGAGCACAUGACUCAUGAUCUCAGGGUCAUGAAUUCAAGCCCCAUAUUGGGCAUAGAGAUUACUUAAAUAAAACUUAAAAAAAAAAAAGUUAGAAGUACCCUAUGAUCCAGUAAUCGCACUACUGGAUAUUUGCCCCCAAAACACAAAAGCACUAAUUCAGACUAAUGCACCCCUAGGUUUAUUGCAGCAUUACUUAUAUAUUUAUUUUUUUAAAAAAAGUUUAUAUAUUUUGAGAGAGCAAGCACAAGUAAGGGAGGGACAGAGAGGACAGAGUGAGACUCCCAAGCCGACUUUGCACUGUCAGCAGAGUCUGAUGCAGGGCUUGAACUCACAGUCUGUGAGGCCAUGACCUGAGUCAAAGUCAGGUGCUUAACUGACUAAUGCUGCCCCUAUUGCAGCAUUAUUUAUAAUAGCUAAAUUAUGGAAGCAGCUUAUGUGUUCAUUGAUAGAUGAAUAGAUAAAAAAGAGGUGGUAUAUAUAUACAAUGGAAUAUUAUUCAGCAGUGAAAAGGAAUGAAAUCUUGCCAUUUGCAACAACAUGGUUGGAGCUAGAGAGUAUAAUGCUAAGUGAAAUAAGUCAGAGAAAGACAAAUAACAUGAUUUCAUUCAUAUGUGAAGUUUAAGGAACAAAAUAAGCAAAGGAAAAAAAAGUAGAGACACAAACCAAGAGACAGACUUUUUAAAAAAAAUUUUUUAAUGUUUUUAUUUUAUUUUGAGAGACAGUGUGAGCGGGGAAGGGGCAGAGAGAGAGGGAGACACAGAAUUAAAAAUUUUAAGUAAAUAAAAAUAAUAAAAAAAGGGGGGCACCUGGGUGGCUCAGUUGGUUUAAGUGUCUGACUCUUGAUUUCAGCUCAGGUCAUGAUCUCAUCGUUCGUAGGAUUGAGCUCUGAGUCAGGCUCUGUGCUGACAGCAUGGAGCCUGCUUGGGAUUCUCUCUCCCUUUCUCUCUGCCCCUCUCCCAUACAUAUGUGUUCUCUUUCUCAAAAUAAAUAAACAUUUAAAAAAAAGUAGAGGAAUUUGGCAUGAAGUGCUUACUGGUUAUGAGCACUAUGUUCUCUACACAUAAUUCAUUUAACCCUCACAAAAUGACAUAGGUAUUACCAUUUCCCCUAUUGUAGAGUUGUGAAAAAUUUGAGGUCAGAGAAAUUAAGUUGCUUGCCCAAUAAGUUAACUGCCAAGAGUUGGUAUGUUGGCAGAUCCAGUUUUGGGAUUUAGAUAUUAUAAUUCUAGAACCUGUGUUUUUAGUUACUGUGUGUUCAAGGCUCUGUGGUAAAAGGAGCAUGGCAAUAAACUGAGAGGUCUGUGUCAUCAGAGCACAGGAAGUUGGAGUUGAAACUAGCGAGGUAGGGUGGGACCAGAUAAUGUAAUUCCUUUAAUGUUAAUGAUUUUUGUUCCAACUAAAAUACAAUGUAAAGGGAUCGAACACUUAAGUAGAGGGAAUGACGUAAUCAGAUUUGCAUUUUGAAAGGUCAUUCUAGUUGCAGUAGACCAAAUGGAUUGGAGAAGGGCCACGAGUGGAUGCAAUGGCACUAUUUAGGAAGUUGUUAUAUAGUAAGGCAGCCCAAAUGAGAUAAAGUAGUAGCCUAGUAGCCUAGGUGGAAUAAGGAGGAAAUUGUGGAGAUGUAGGAAAGUGUGUCAAUUUGAGAAAGAUUUAGGAGGACAGAUCUACAAAAUGUAAUGAUGGAUUAGGUUAUGGGUGAAGGAAAGGGAGUUGUUGAAAAAUAACUCUUAGGUUUCUGAACUGCUGAAUUGAAUAUAUUAGGUUGGCUCACUGUUCUAUAUAGUCACAGGAUGAUUAGUUUGAGUGAUUAGACUAUGUUGAGUUAGAAGUGCCUUUGAGAUAUUAAAGUGGAGAUGUCAAAUAUAUAGCUUUAUAGUACCUUUGAACUUUCUGUAUAGUAAAUAAAUGAGGUGUCCAUUAUUUUGUCCCUAAUAGCAUAGCUGAUUGGUACUUUUUCAGGGCUUUAUCAUAGUUGUUAUCUCUUGAAUCACUGGUAAUAAAAAAGAAUGUAAAUAGAGUUUGGCUGUCAGUAGAGCUAAUAAAAGAAUGUGAAAAUAUUCUUCAAUCUAGAAAGCAAUUAAGACAAGUAUGUUAGGACAGUUCUCCUUUGGAUAAUGGCAGAACUAAGAAUAUACCCUGAUAAGAGACUAGGGAAAAAGAGGGCCAAAAAAGGCUAAUCUAAAUCUAAAAUGACAAUUUAAGAGCAAUCUAGUUUGAAUAUUGAAGUUACAUAUUUCCUUCCUUUUGUUAAUAACGGAAUUAUUCUUGACUUACCUAAACUACAGUUACCCAAGUUACUGUAGAUGUACAGUGGGAUUAGUUAUACCAGAAGCGAAAUGUUUUUUUUUCUUCAUUUCUCCAUCAUAGUCAUUUGAUGCUGUGCUGAUAAAUCAGCAUAGCAUUAAUUUAUACAUUCAGGCAUAUUGUAUAUUUUAACUAUUCACUUUAAAUUUUCUUGAAAAACAGAAGAGGUCUGACUAAUAUUUCUUUAAGUUAAAGCUAUUCUCAGAUUAUUAGAUUUUGUUUAUUGAAUUUAGAGCAGUAGUUUCCCUUUAUCAGAAAAUAUUGCCACUCUUAAAAGUAUUGUGAUACUGGACAAGACUAAGCUUUUGAUGAAGAUUUUAUAUCUUGUAGGUAUUGUAAUGUUGGUUUCUGUGUUACUAAUAUUUUAUUUAUUUUUGUAAGUUUUUUUUGUAAGAUUUUUCUUUCUAAGUAACCCCUAUACCUAAAGUGGGGUCAGACUUAACAACCCUGAGAUCAAGAGUUGCAUGUUUCACCAACUGAGCCAGCUAGCCAGGUGCUGUUUUACUGUUAUUUUAAAGUUCUCUGGAAAAAAUAGUUUUAAAGAUAAUUCAUAUGUAGAUAUAGAAUAUUUGGAAGAUAAAAGCCAUCACUGAAUUUACCACCUAGAGAUAUCACUGUUUUGGUGUAUUUCCUUUACUGUUACUUCUCUGUAUUUAUUUUUAUUUUUUUAUUGUUAAAAAAAUUUUUUUGUGUUAACGUCUGUUCAUUUUUGAGAGAGUGUAAGCAGGGGAGGGGCAGAGAGAGAGGGAGACACAGAACUCAAAGCAGGCUCCAGACUCCACACUAUCAGCACAGAGCCAGAUGUGGCUCUCAGACUCAAGAUCUGUGAGAUCAUGACCUGAGCUGAAGUAGGACCCUUAACUGACUGAGCCACACAGGUGCCGCUACUUCUCUGUAUUUUUAAUGUACAGACCAUGUAGAGUGUAGUAGUUAAGAAUGGAAAGAUUCUAGAAUUAAAUCCCAUAGGUUCAGAUUUCUGUUCCAUCACUUAUUAGCUAUGUGAUUUUAGCAAAUUUAUUUCUCUGAAUCUUGAGUUUCAAAAUUUGUAAUAUGAGGAUAUAAAAGUAAAUACUACUGUUUGCUGUGUGCCAGUUGCUUUACUAAGUGAAAAAUCUGAAUCUUCAUAACAUCUCUAUUUAAGAGCCACUUAAUAGUGCCUUUAUAGGGCGCCUGGGUGGGUCAGUCAACGACUUCAGCUCAGGUCAUGAUCUCAGGGUUCAUGGAUACGUGCCCUGAGUCAGGCUCUGUGCUGACAGCUCAGAGCCAAGAGCCUGCUUCAGAUUGUGUCUCCCUUGCUCUCUGCCCCUCUCCUGCUCGCUGUCUCUGUCCCUCUCUCAAAAAUAAACAAAUGCCUAUAAGAGGAUAAAUUAAAUAAUGGAUGUAAUGUACUUAAUAUAGUGCUUAGAUAAGAGACUCUUAAAAACUGAGAACAAACUGAAGGUUGAUGGGGGGUGGGAGGGAGGGGAGGGGAGGUGAUGGGCAUUGAAGAGGGCAUCUUUUGGGAUGAGCACUGGGUGUUGUAUGGAAACCAAUUUGACAAUAAAUUUCAUAUAUUAAGAAAAAAAUAAAGAAUGUUAACCCCCCCCCCAAAUAAAUAAAAAUAAAAAUAGUUCAUCCAGUGUGUAUAUCUUUGACAAGAAAAAAAAAUAAUAUAGUGCUUAGGACAUAAUAAAUGUCACUUAUGUGUAUUUUGAAAAUUGCAUUGUACAGUUUAUUAAAGCUUUUAUUGUGGCCACCUUCUCAUGCCAUUAAUACUCCUUGAAUGAAACUGGAAUUUUUAAAAUGGCUUACAGAAAUUCAUCAAAUGGAUUCAUUUACUCAUUUCUCUAGCAAUAGACCUUUAGAUUGUUUCUAGCUGUUUAGCUCUUAAAAAUAAUGCUAUUAUGAACAUAUUUGUUAUGAUUAUUUUUUUAGUUUCCAGAGGUAGAGUUGAGUUAAAGGGCGGGAGUAUAUUUUUAUAUUGAUAUCUAGCCCUGCAUUGCUUUCCUGAAAUGCAGAUCGGUGUACAUUCUUUUUUCAUGUUGUUUAAAUAGUUAUUAGCUUUUCUUUCUUCCUCUAUUUUUUUUUUUUUUUUUGAGAGAGUGUGCGUGGAGGAGGGGCAAAGGGAGAGGGAGAAAGAGAAUCUUUCUGAAAAUUAUUUAUUUAUUUAUUUUUUAUGUUUAUUUUUGAGAGAGAGAGAGAGAGAGAGAGAGAGCGAGCGAGCAUGAGCAGGUGAGGGGCAGAGAGAGAGGGAGACACAGAAUCUGAAGCAGGCUCCAGUCUCCAAACUCCAGGCUGUCAAGCAAAGAGCCCGACUUGGGGCUUGAACUCCUGAACCAUGAGAUCAUGACCUGAGCCAAAGCCAAGAAUCAGACCAACCGACUGAGCCACCCAGGCGCCCCGGGAGAAAGAGAAUCUUAAACAGGCUCCAUGCCCACUCAAUACUGAAUACUUUGGAACUGUUUGCGCUGGGCUUAAUCUCACAACUGUGAGAUCAUGACCUGAGCCGAAAUCAAGAAUAGGCCACUUAACUGACUCAACCACCCAGGCACCCCUAAGAUUGUAAGUAAUCUCUACACCCACCCUGAGGCUCAUACUUCCAGCCCUGAGAUCAGCAUGCUCCACUGCCUGAGCCAGCCAAUUGUCCCUGGAGUAUGAAGUCUUUGUUGGGCUUAUCACCCUGAGCUCCAUAGAGGUGGGCAGCAGCUUUAAGCACAGAACUGUCAUUUUUACCUCCUGCGCUUUUCGGAUCCUCCAGAGUGGGCAGCUCCGGUAUGAUAGUGGUAGUCUGCAUCCCUAGGAGGCGCCCCAGCUGCGUUGCCCCCAUCUCCUAACUUUUUUAUUUUGAGAAAUAUAAGAUAGAUUGGAAAGUUGCUAGAAUUGUGCAGUGAAUACCCAAUGUACUCCUUACGAACAUUCACCAGUUGCUAACGUAUAUAACUAUUGCUGUAUUACAUAGAUACUGACUUGAUUCCCCUGAACUAUUUGAGUUCAUUGCAGAUGUGAUUGUAAAUACUUACGCAUUUAUUGCAUAAGAACAAGGUCAUUGUCUCACUAAACACAAUAAAAGUGCCACAGGAAUUUUAACAGUACAAUACUCUUAUCAAAUAUACAGCCCAUAUUCAGGUUUUUCUAGUUUGUCACAAUGAUGUCUUUUAAGGAUGGAUUUUCCCCCCAAUCGAGGACCUACAUUGCAUUUAUUUGUCAUAUGUCUUUGGUUUUCUUUAACUUCUGGAACAUUUCCCUGGUCUUUUUGGUCUUUCAUGAUAUUUUGAAGAAUGCAGGUUAGUUUUUCAACUAAUUUCCAUUUUGACAGAUUAUCAUCUUUGUGAGAUUUUAAAAUUUGUUAAUAUGGAAUUGUAGAUAUCUAAAUAGUUUGGUAGUCUUUUUUCUUCCCUCCAAAUCUUUGACCCAGUAAUUUUUUAUAAGAAUAUUUUUCAGGGGUGCCUGGGGGGCUCAGUCAGUUGAGCAUCUGCCUCUUGAUUUCAAUUCAGGUCAUGAUCCCAGGGUUGUGAGAUCGAGCCCCGCGUCUCCCCAUCUCCCCUGUGCACACUCUGUCUCUGCCUCAAAAAAAGAAAAAAAAAGAAUGGUUUUCAGUGUAUGCAAGAAAUUUUGAAAAAUCUAAAUGAAAAUAAAUCUCCUCUGCAAAGUUGUAACACUUGUAGAUUUUGAGUUAUACUAAAACUUAAAUUUCUGCAUCAUUCCUACCUGGCAAGUUUCUAGCACUUUGAAGAAUCAUUGAAAUUCUAAUGUUUUUUAUUUGCAUUGUAAAAAUUCUUACAAACUGCAUUCGUUGAAAGAACUAACUAAAAAUGAAGAAAGCAAAAUGAAGAAACAAAAUGAAGAAAAUAAGUCUAUACGUUCUAGGACUCAUGUAAUAGCUGUCAACAUUUUAGUCUAUACGCUUCCAGUCUUGAGGGAAUCAAAGUGUAUGUGUGGGAGACAUUAAAAGAAUUUUGUUAUCAGGGUGUCUGGCUGGCUCAGUUGGUAGAUCACGCAACUCUUGAUCCUGGGCUUGUAAAUUCAGCUCCCACAUUGGAUGUAGAGAUUACUUAAAAAUAAAAUCUUAAAAAAAAUUUUUUUUGAUUUGUAACACAGUGCUGUAAUUUGCUUUGCCCUCCUUUACUAGUGGUUGCAUUAUUAAACAAUGAAAGAAUGGACAAGUAGAAGUGUUAUAUGAUCUUAUUAAUGGGAAACAACUGGAAAGAGCAGCUCUUACCAGUCAGCAUUUAGAUUCUUCCUAAGUACCGUAAAUAAUUCUUAAUGGUUGUAUCAUACGGUUGUUUUUCUAGUUCUCAGAAUAUCUGUUGAUUGGGGAUGAGGGGACAUUAGAGAGGUGAGUGCUUGUGGAAUUGCAAAUUAUGAAAAUCUUAAACUUUAUUUGGAACUAAGUUUCAUGUAAGUGCUAUGGCCAGAAAAUGAAUUUCUUACCUUAAUUUUUUUUUAAUUUUUUUUUUUUAACGUUUAUUUAUUUUUGAGACAGAGAGAGACAGAGCAUGAACGGGGGAGGGGCAGAGAGAGGGAGACACAGAAUCCGAAACAGGCUCCAGGCUCUGAGCUGUCAGCGCAGAGCCCGACGCGGGGCUCGAACUCACGGACCGUGAGAUCAUGACCUGAGCUGAAGUCGGAUGCUCAACCAACUGAACCACCCAGUUUAUGCCAGCGUGGCUUCAUUCAUACAGAUGAACCAGGGAUUGGGAUAGCAGUAUAAAAUUAGAAUCAGAGAACUGAUUGCCCAGCAGGAUGCCAUCAACCAACCGAGCGGGCAGUCUGAAGGACCCUGAAAUUGCAGAGCUCUUCUUCAAAGAAGACCCAGAGAAGCUCUUCACAGAUCUCAGAGAAAUUGGCCAUGGAAGCUUUGGAGCAGUAUAUUUUGCACGAGAUGUGCGCACCAAUGAAGUGGUGGCUAUCAAGAAAAUGUCUUAUAGUGGGAAGCAGUCUACUGAGAAAUGGCAGGAUAUUAUUAAGGAAGUCAAGUUUCUACAAAGAAUAAAACAUCCCAACAGUAUAGAAUACAAAGGCUGCUAUUUACGUGAGCACACAGCAUGGCUGGUAAUGGAAUAUUGCUUAGGAUCUGCUUCAGAUUUACUGGAAGUUCACAAAAAGCCAUUACAAGAAGUGGAAAUAGCAGCAAUUACACAUGGUGCUCUCCAGGGAUUAGCCUACUUACAUUCUCAUACCAUGAUCCAUAGAGAUAUCAAAGCAGGAAAUAUCCUUCUGACAGAACCAGGCCAGGUGAAACUUGCUGACUUUGGAUCAGCUUCCAUGGCAUCUCCUGCCAAUUCUUUUGUGGGAACGCCAUAUUGGAUGGCCCCAGAAGUAAUUUUAGCCAUGGAUGAAGGACAGUAUGAUGGCAAAGUAGAUGUAUGGUCUCUUGGAAUAACAUGUAUUGAACUAGCGGAAAGGAAGCCUCCUUUAUUUAAUAUGAAUGCAAUGAGUGCCUUAUAUCACAUAGCCCAAAAUGAAUCCCCUACAUUACAGUCUAAUGAAUGGUCUGAUUAUUUUCGCAACUUUGUAGAUUCUUGCCUCCAGAAAAUCCCUCAAGAUCGCCCUACAUCAGAGGAACUUUUAAAGCACAUGUUUGUUCUUCGGGAGCGCCCUGAAACAGUGUUAAUAGAUCUCAUUCAAAGGACAAAGGAUGCAGUAAGAGAGCUGGACAAUCUGCAGUAUCGAAAGAUGAAGAAACUCCUUUUCCAGGAGGCACAUAACGGACCAGCAGUAGAAGCACAGGAAGAAGAAGAGGAACAAGAUCAUGGUGUUGGCCGGACAGGAACAGUGAAUAGUGUUGGAAGUAAUCAGUCUAUUCCCAGUAUGUCCAUCAGUGCCAGUAGCCAAAGUAGUAGUGUUAACAGUCUUCCAGAUGCCUCAGAUGACAAGAGUGAGCUAGAUAUGAUGGAGGGAGACCACACAGUGAUGUCUAAUAGUUCUGUCAUCCAUUUAAAACCUGAGGAAGAAAAUUACAGAGAAGAGGGAGAUCCUAGAACAAGAGCAUCAGAUCCACAAUCUCCACCUCAAGUGUCUCGUCAUAAAUCACACUAUCGUAAUCGGGAACACUUUGCUACUAUACGGACAGCAUCACUGGUUACAAGGCAAAUGCAAGAACAUGAGCAGGACUCUGAGCUUAGAGAACAGAUGUCUGGCUAUAAGAGAAUGAGGCGGCAACAUCAAAAGCAACUGAUGACUCUGGAAAAUAAGCUAAAGGCUGAGAUGGAUGAACAUCGCCUCAGAUUAGACAAAGAUCUUGAAACUCAGCGUAAUAAUUUUGCUGCAGAGAUGGAGAAACUUAUCAAAAAACAUCAGGCUGCUAUGGAAAAAGAGGCUAAAGUGAUGGCCAAUGAGGAGAAAAAAUUUCAGCAACAUAUUCAGGCUCAACAGAAGAAAGAACUAAAUAGUUUUUUGGAGUCCCAGAAAAGAGAAUAUAAACUUCGAAAGGAACAGCUUAAGGAGGAACUGAAUGAAAACCAGAGCACCCCAAAAAAGGAAAAACAAGAAUGGCUUUCAAAGCAGAAGGAGAAUAUACAACAUUUCCAAGCAGAGGAAGAGGCUAAUCUUCUCCGACGACAGAGGCAAUACCUAGAGCUGGAGUGCCGUCGCUUCAAGCGAAGAAUGUUACUUGGACGCCAUAACUUGGAGCAGGACCUUGUCAGGGAGGAGUUAAAUAAAAGGCAGACUCAAAAGGACUUAGAGCAUGCCAUGCUACUGCGACAACAUGAAUCCAUGCAAGAACUGGAGUUCCGUCACCUCAACACAAUUCAGAAGAUGCGCUGUGAGUUGAUCAGAUUGCAGCAUCAGACUGAGCUCACAAACCAGCUGGAAUAUAACAAGCGAAGAGAACGAGAACUAAGGCGAAAGCAUGUCAUGGAGGUUCGACAACAGCCUAAGAGUCUGAAGUCUAAAGAACUCCAAAUAAAAAAGCAGUUUCAGGAUACCUGUAAAAUCCAAACCAGACAGUACAAAGCAUUAAGAAAUCAUCUACUGGAGACUACACCAAAGAGCGAGCACAAAGCUGUUCUGAAACGGCUCAAGGAGGAGCAGACCCGGAAGUUAGCCAUCUUGGCUGAGCAGUAUGACCACAGCAUUAAUGAAAUGCUCUCCACACAAGCUCUACGUUUGGAUGAAGCACAGGAAGCAGAAUGCCAGGUUUUAAAGAUGCAGCUGCAGCAGGAACUGGAGCUAUUGAAUGCAUAUCAGAGCAAAAUCAAGAUGCAAGCCGAGGCACAACAUGAUCGGGAGCUUCGAGAGCUUGAACAGAGGGUCUCCCUCCGCAGGGCACUCUUAGAACAAAAGAUUGAGGAAGAGAUGUUGGCUUUGCAGAAUGAACGCACAGAACGAAUAAGAAGUCUGUUGGAGCGCCAAGCCAGAGAAAUUGAAGCUUUUGACUCUGAAAGCAUGAGACUAGGUUUUAGUAACAUGGUCCUUUCCAAUCUUUCCCCUGAGGCAUUUAGCCACAGCUACCCGGGAGCUUCUGGUUGGUCUCAUAAUCCUACUGGGGGUCCAGGACCUCACUGGGGUCAUCCCAUGGGUGGCCCACCACAGGCUUGGGGCCAUCCAAUGCAAGGUGGACCCCAACCAUGGGGUCACCCUUCAGGGCCAAUGCAAGGGGUACCCCGAGGUAGCAGUAUGGGAGUCCGCAAUAGCCCUCAGGCUCUGAGGCGGACAGCUUCUGGGGGACGGACAGAGCAGGGCAUGAGCAGAAGCACGAGUGUCACUUCACAAAUAUCCAAUGGGUCACACAUGUCUUAUACAUAACUUAAUAAUUGAGAGUGGCAAUUCCGCUGGAGCUGUCUGCCAAAAGAAACUGCCUACAGACAUCAUCACAGCAGCCUCCUCACUUGGGUACUACAGUGUGGACGCUGAGUGCAUAUGGUAUAUUUUAUUCAUUUUUGUAAAGCAUUCUGUUUUGUGUUUACUAAUUGAGAUGUCAUAGCAUUUGGCUGCCGGGUUUUGUUUUGUUCUUUAACUUCUGGAAAAUUUUUGAAAGGGGGAAUUGUGUGUAUGUAAAAAGAAAUUGGCUAGAUUGGGGGUAAUUUUUGAACACUGCAAAAAUAGAAUACAGCAUAGUGGCGUGAGUCAUCACUUUGGGGCUACUGUAUUCUAAGAAAUUUGUGAAAAGAUCUAAAGCCUUCCCCACACCCCAAAUUCUUAUGAGCCACUCACAGCAGGCAGGCAGCAUAUGUUGAACCAAGUGAUUAUUGAAACACACCUGUAUCCCCUCACCAGUGUAUUUUCUUUAUUAAAUUGGUCUGACUUCUCGGCCUCAUUUGGAGUAAAAGAGUAGAAAUUCACGAACACUAAAGGGUUGCAUUGACUUUUACAGAGAGUAGAAAACAACUUAGUUCUUUUUCUGAAUGCUGCAUAAGUUUGUCAGUUUUUGUUUUUGUUUUGUCCGUUCAAUUGUGCCUUCUUUGUGGCAUGGUGAGAUGGAGGUGCUUCAGGAGAUCACAAGUUGUGUGGAAAUUGCAUCAACAAACCUGUGAGCCUUCAAAGGGGAGACUGGAAGGUGAGAGAGGCCCCUGAAAGUUCAUGUGGUGGGUAUGUUCAGCAGCAGAGUGAGGAGAUGAAGCCUAUAUAUCCUAAUGUUUUAUUGCUUUUACUGUGAUAUCUCAUCCUAGCUAAGCUCUAUAACUCCCAAGACCCCAAACAGUACUUUUACUUUGUACAAAAACAGACAUAUAGCCAAUACAAAUCAAAUGCCAGAGGUAUUUGAAGGAUGCCAUAUUUGCAAACUGCCAUCCAUUGGAAUUCUCAUUACACUACAUAGACAUAAUUUGAUUAUCCUCCCCCUUUUGGCUUAUGGGAUUUCCUGUUUACAAGUAGAAUAGCCAAUUAUUUAAAUAUUUAGUUGCCAUAGUGAACCAGGAGUCACUGAGCCAAUGACUUUACCAGCUGCUGACUAAUCCUCAUCACCACUGUAGAUUUUGCUGUAUGUGCAGGUCCUUUUUUUUUCUUUUGUCUCUCUCUCUCUCUCUCUCUCUUUUCUUUUUUCUUUUUCUUUUUUUUUUUUUUUUUUUGGCUAUUUUUGUUGCUGCAAUACUUUACAAACUUUUAGUUCCUUGAGACUUAGUGACCAUUUGGCAUCAUGUUAACAUCACACAGUAGGAAACACCACUUCCAGAAGUCUCUAGCCUCAGUGCUAAAGUACUACUGAAAAGGAACUAUCAAGUUUGGCAAAUUAAAAAAGACAAAAAAAAAGGUUAAGUAAGUUAUAGUGGUCAGGGAAUCUCUUAAUGAAAGCUAACUUUUUUUUUCCCCAGAGAGGGGCAUGUUUUGUUUUGUUUUAUGUUUUGCAAUGAAGGAUCAACCCAACGCUAAAAGUCAGAUGUUCCUUGGCAUUCCACACCCAGUGUGGAAAUUGAGUUGAAGGUGGUUAAGGAGCUAUGAGUAUGACUUGAAGGAAAAAAAAUGUCCUUCCCAGUGACAGAUCAGAGUUUCUUACAAGUUAUUGCCCUGCCCCCUCCCCAGUUGUCUUGAAGAACCCUUGCUACUAACUCUGGGUCCUCAUUUUCAUGUGGUCAGAGGGCUCCAAGUUAGAAUUCCCUAAGUCUCAGUGACACCUAGACCUGAGUGAUGACCAAACAGUAAUCUAUCACUGUUGAAAUCUUGGUUUUUCUCAACCAAAUUUAAGUCUUCCCCAGGUAUGUCAGCCCAAUCUCCAUGAAGCCUCCCCUUUAGGAGUUUCUGGCAUUCAUUGAAAGGUAACUGGAAGAAAAAUUAAUAUUUUAAUGUAAAUUUUUGAAAAACCAAGGUAACAGUAGAAUUCACACUCAGUUUAGGCAGUGUUUCAGAUAACACUAUGAUACAUUGUCCUUUUGACCAUGCUCACGAUCACUAGUUAUUAGGUGAACAUAACAUGCACUUGUCCUAUCUAAUGAAAGGGGCUUCUGAUUUUCUGAAUCUCUCUUUUCUGGCAUUAAAAUAUUACCGUAUUUCAGACAAACUGAGAUAUAUACCUGUUUGGAGGAAAAUGAUAGGAGAGCUCUUUAGAAUUAAUUAAAUGUCCAAAAAUGUAAUGGAAUUUUAUAUAUUUCAAAAAACUGUCAUUCAGUCUGGCCAAUCUGUACUACUGGAGGGGGUGGAAUAUGGAAGCAGAUCAGUUUUGCGUACGAAACUCUUUAAAAUCCAAAAUACUACCCGUGAUACAUGCUAGAGUCUACUUGUGGACUUAGUCAAAUCGAGUUACUGAGUUCAUAUAUACUUUUAAAAUCGUGAUUGAGUACUGACUCCGCAUGUCUGUCCAGUAGGGCUUUGUAUCUAUCUGAUUGAAUUGCAUGACAGCCAGUUUUUCAUGUAGGUCAUGACUAUACCUGGAUUAUUCCAUUAAGUUAAUUUAAUUAAAAUAUUUAUGGUUUGCAAAAAUAAUUUCACUUAAUUGGUUUGUGUGAUCUGACUUCUGAGGAAUCUCAUACAUGGUAGGAAUCAUCAAAGAGUAAAGCUUGUAGCAGGAAAAUAUGAAAAGUUUUGAGAGAUCCUAAAGAAAGAAGCAGGCACUUUCUGAGUCAGUGUACAAAUGUCAACAUUUGAUCAAAUUAAUACUACCUCCUCCCCAGUGUUGGUGUUCACUUGGUAUAUAUGUAUUUAAGAAAAUAAAAAGUAUGGGAAAUUUGUCCAGCAUAUCAGAACAUUGUAAAUGCUAUAUCUGGUAUCCAGAGCUUGGCAGUAAAAAGUUUCUUGUGUUCACUGUCUCUCCCAUUUUUUAAGUUAGCAUUUUAAAAAUGCAAAACCUCAUACCUUGAAAUAUAUUAUUCCUAAUUGGGUUUCCUUCCUUUUGCACAUACUUUUUCUCUUCUUAUUAAAGUUAGCUCUAAGAACCCCAAAUUGUAGGAUCUGAAAGUAUUUUCGUGAUAUAGAGAAUGUUAGCUGGAAAAUGUGUUUAUAUUGUUUUUAUUUAGAGCUGCCAGUCCUUUUAGUCCUUUCUAUGCCUAGAAAUGAAUAGUCCUGCGUUUGAACCACCCCACAGGUAUAAUAUGCUUGGUACCCAAAGCCAAGGGUUUAUUGAUAAAUUGAACUUUUUAGCAAAGUCAUUAUGAUUUUCAGCUGCCUAGACAUCAAGACCAUUCAGUACACUAAAACUGUCCUUGACACUCCUCCCUAUUUUUCCUCACCCCCCAUCCCCAAAUCGAAAACUCUAUGAGUAUCUUUCUCAGACCAUAAGGCUGACUUUAGUAACUUUCUACUUCUUUAAGUACUAAAUGUCUGGCAUUUUAAACUUUUAUAGAAUACAUUGUGUUGGACACUGGAAUAAUACUGUUUAUUUUCACCUGUGAAAAAAUGACUAUUGUACUUGAAACACCUCCUUUGCAUUUCUCCAUUUGUGCCAUUCACUAGUGGAAAUAAAUUGUAUUAUACCAUGAUCUACUGGCUUUUUAAAACUGUGUUAAAUAUGCACAUUUUGGUAUAGUUAUUAUCAUUUGUAUGUAUAUACUGUAUAUACAUAUGAGUGUCUAUAUGUGUGUAUAGAUAGAUGGAUGUAAUUCAUACUGUACAUUUCCAUCAGGGUGCUUAAGGUUCUGUUAUUUUGUUAUUUCAGUCCUCAGUUAAGGCAAGAAUGCAUGUGUUUCUUAAGAAUGAGUAUUCUGGGUUGAUAUGUAUGAGAAGGUGGUCAUUAGAUGCAAUCUUUUCUUUUUUACUCCCUUCUUAGCACUUGUGUGGGUGGAAAGAAAGUUAAGUAAAUGUGGAACCAUAAGUUGCAAUGCAGUAAAAUAAUGCCAGGGGAGGAGCCAGUUAGUGUCUCUGUGAGUUUGUGUUGUGAUGCAAUAAACGAUAAGUGGUGCAGAGAGAAAUGAACCGUGGAAAUUACAAACACUGGUGGUGAUUCCUCUGCCAAGAUGAUGAAAAGAACCAGUAAGUCACAGUCUCCAUGUGCGCGAUCUCGGUGUAUUUCUUAGUAGUGAUGCCAUUGAUCCUCUUGCUCUUUUUACUCCGUUGAUACUAACACUUACACAUUUUGCUAAGGACCAAAACAGCCAAGAAAGGAAUUACUGCUAAAGCAUCUAAGGUUCUCCUAAACGGUGAGAUCAACAGGAAAUGGCCACUGGGAGAGAAGGAUAUGGUAUUGGUGUGGGGCUUUCUCCCUUGAGCUGCCUCUUCUUGCUUGCCAAUAGUUAAGUUCUUCAUGCACCUUCCAGCUCUUCUGAGCCACUACUAUUCAAGCACAGAUUUGGCCCAACACAGCAACCCUUUCCUGGGAGGUUUAUAUGGUCCUGCAUUCUGUCCCAUGCUUACAAUGUGAAGUGUGUAAGUGUGUAUUCAAGUCAGAAAAUAAUAUAUUUAAGGUAUAGAAGUGUGAAUCUCCUAUAAUGAUGGAAGAAGAGCUUCUUGUUUCUUAGAUAGAAAUCUACCUUCUCUAAGGAACAAAGCCAAAACUUGGGCUGUCAUCUCUGAGCUGCUUACCAAAAUACAGAUCAUUAUUAAAGAGAGACAAAGUCUCUCUUCUUUUCCCUCACCUAACAUGAUAGUGCCCCUGAGGUUGUAGCAUUGCCUUUGAGAAGGCGCUCACUUACUCUUAAGUUGAGAACUGGAAAUUUCCCAUCCUCAGAUUCCCUAAAGGAUGAAGGCUGUGCUGUACACUUAGCAGACUUGCCUCUUGUAUGCAAGGACUACUGAUUGAAGUCUGUCUUGCUGUGUGUGUGGUUAUGUUGUCUGCACUUUUAUGAAAUCACCACAAUAGGUCUGCAUUGGAAAUGACUAUUAAUUUGUAAGGAAGUAAGUUUUAUUUAAACAUUGUCUAGAAAAAGAAAGUGAAGCUGAGAACUCUUCCGUUAUUGUGCAUUUAUAUUUUUCUGCUGAAUUCCGGUAGCCCCCUUGAAAGUCACGUUGACUAAGUUUUCCCUCGUUUAUAUUCAAAUUUCCAAAAUUUCACUCACAAAGGAAGAGAACCCGUUUGGCCUAAUGACAGUCUUCAGAUUACAAGAAAUAUAAAUUAAUAUGCACCUUAUCUGCCUCUUGUGGGUUUCUUAAACUUGCACUUCCCUCCCACCCACCCAAAAAUAGAUAUCUUUAAAGAAAAUACAGGCGGAGAAUUAAAACUGGGGAGCCAUUUCCUAUGUCACCAUCACUGUUAACUGUUUCCCAGCAAUCCUAACUUUUUGAAGUUGCGGAGAGAUUUUUUUUGCAUGUAUGUAUGUGUCUGUCUGUGUCGGGUUUAUUUUUUUAUUUUAAAUAUACAAGAAAUUCUUCUUUAAUGUAGAAAAAAGUGAAUCCUCUCUGAAACAGGAUGCCCACUGGAUAUACCAACCUGGACAUCUGUAGGUAGUUUGCCAUGGAAAAGUGGAGAGAAGAUGAGAUUUCUGAAUGAAUGAAAAGGGUGUCUUGAUGCCCAAGGAGCCCUCCCCUCCCCCCACCAAGUACGGGUAAUUCAGCCUGCACAGUUUGCUUUUCACUCAUAGUUUUUAGCAAUUAUGAGUGAAAAAUCAUGUAAUUAUCUGUAAAUAUGUAGCUAACAAAUUGACCUAGUUUCUGUAUUUUUUUGUUUUUGUACUAAAGUUUAUAAGUCUGUGCCAGCUAGAGAGGAGUUGCUGUCAUUGCCAGUUGUGGUCUUAGCAUCUAAUCCUGAAACCAUCCUAGGUGACAUUUUUAGAAUUAAUGCUUAACUGUUGUUGAACAGGGGAAAGUGAAGCUUAAUCGGUCAGGUUUUACAUCUUUUGAAGCAAAGUCAUUUUAUUUAAUAUAAUGAUUACAUGUUUUCGAUCAUGAAUGAGGUAGGGAGCCUCCCUCCCCCAGUGGCCAUGUUUACAGACGUGUGUUUUGUCUAUAAAGUGCAAGAGUUUUAAUGUUUAUGUAAAUUAUGCAGGUGAUAACAUUAUGGCUUGGAACUGUUUAUUGGGCUCUGUAGCUGAAUUUUCAGUGAAAUGAACUAUGUGAAUUGCUGGCACAUUGAUCCCAUUUCUGGAGAAUUUUUCUAUUUCCAGAAUUGCAUAUGUUCCUUUGUCAUUAUCCCCACUAAACCUUUCUCUGAAAUGCCUUGUAGCCUAAGGUAUUACAGGCUGGUAAAUAUAGACAAGGGAAAUGCAUUUUAAAAAACCCGUGAACCGUCGUUUGUAUGCAUUCAGUACUGAUAUGUUUCAGUGGCAACUCUGAGGUCAGUGGAGUUUAGCAAAAUGAGAUACCAAUGUUAAUGAAAAGUGUGUACUCUUUGCUUUUGCAUGGCUUGGCUUAGCUUCAAAGGUGUAUUAGGGCCACUUGAAAGCAUGAAAACCAGUUGUAUGGGAACAGGUUUCUCUCAGUGGCACAUUUUGCUUUUUCUGAGCCCUCAAGUACAUUGCCUCAGCAUGAACAUUAUUGUUACUAUAAGUUGCACAUGGUCAUGGAGUGAAUUACGUGAUUUAAAAAGAUGUAACUGCUUAAUGUUUUCAGAUUCUGGCUGGUCCAUGUGACUAUUUGGCACAUAUCAAACAGUGGGAGAGGGGUGUCCUGGACCCUUCUAACCCCCUUGUUGUCAUAGACAACUAUAUUUAGUUUAUUAAGAUGUUGGCUGCCCCUGGUGUGUUGCCAGAUAGCUCUUUUUUGGUGCCCAUUCCAAAUGUGCUUCCUUGCAUUUCAUAAUAUCAAAGAAACCACCACCCUUCUCCCUAACAUUUUAUGUGUUACACAUUUUCUUCCACAUUAAAUGGGAAUUGUGCCUACUUAGAGUGCCCCUCCAAUUAAUUACAUGUAUGUGUCCUAAAAUAAUCCAAGCCAGAGACACAAGGUGGAAGAAUUUUUUUAAAAAGUCCACUUGAGGCCAGUAAUUUAUCUGACAAGAUAUUUUACCACAUUAUCUUGACACUUGAUAUAUGAGCCUAUUAGGAGUUGCAGGUGGUUUCAUAGGGCAAAAUCCAAGUGGAGAGGAUAUGUGGGGUUUCUAUUAGAAGAUAAUUUUCUUCGUAUUUUACCUUUACUUUUAUGAUCCUUCUGUGCUAGGUUAGAAUAGGUUAAUGCUCCAAAUUUAUUGAGUUUUGUUUUUUAUCUUUUAGAGAAAUUUUUACAAAAGCAAUGGUCUGAUGUAAAUAACAUUUUAAAGUAAUAGUGCACAUACCUUUCCCAGACUGUUCCAACCAGAUAAUUUGUAAAUGCUUUAGAGUUUUUUAAAUUAACACUUGUGUUGCUAAAUCCUAUUUAUGUAAGUCUGCUAAAAUUUUUAACCCAUUUAAAACUUAAAAUGAACAUUUAAAUAAUGGAUGGGUUACUCUGAGCAACCUAGCUUUCAGAACCCCCUUGUUUUAGUGUAUGAAAAAGCCUAAUGCGCAUUAAUGAGGUUGGAGAGACUUUGAGAAAUAUGUAUAGUGUAUAUUUUAAAACAGCUUUGCUUGUAUUGUGAAGAUUUAAAAACAAACUUGAGAUUUUUAACGUAACUAUUAACACAGUUUUAACAUAAGUUAUCCCACUGGGUUUAAGAGCAUCUUGAAUGUAUAAUCCUUUUGGUAACCCAGGUUGGUUUCUGCUUUCACCAGUCAUCCAAACAUAUUAUUUAUGUUUUUAGUUUUAUAUACUCAUUUCCCUUUGUUUUCCUCAACCAGCAUGAUUUUUUUGCACAUGUAUUGUAGAAAUUUUUAAGAAAAGUUAAAAUACAUCGUUUUCUCUGAAUUUCCUUCACUUCUCUCUUCCUUUCUACUAACCCCUUACCUUACAGGCCACAUCGCUCCAUUUGCAUCAUUUGUGCAAAUGCCAGGGUUGGUUUUUAUUUUUAUUUUUGCUAUUUACCUAAAAAAAGAAAAAAAAGAAAAAGAAAAAUGCUUCAGUCAAUUGCUUUUUUAUUUAAAAAAGAAAAAAGAAAAGAAAAAAAGCUGUAACCUUAUCAUUUCCGAGUAGACCAUUGAGAGAUGAAUGCACACCUGUAAUGGCCCAGGACCAGCUCUGGUGGCUAAAGGGAAUAUGUUAACUAAGCAAGAAGUUCUUUUCUAAAAGUGGUUUAUAUUAUUCACGAUCUCUUUCCGUUAUUCCCACAAGUCAGGGGUCCAGAUAAAAUGAGGGUUAUCAGCUAACUGAUAUGUUAUCAUUGAGGUUCAUCAAUGAAUUUGUACAUUUCUACUUCCCUUUGGUGAAGGGAAAAAUGAUGAUUUUGCAAGACCUAGAUUUUGGCUUGGUUUCUUGCCUCCUUUUUUGGCAGCCUUCAUCUUCUCAUCUCCCAAAGCCCUUGAGCCUGUAGGGUUUUCGCGGUAGACAAAGGACUUGUGGUCUUUUAAAACUAGGACUGAUUUUUUGGUGAGAGAUUAUCAUGUUGAAAGUGAUGUUCUGCCACUUUACUGAUGACUAAUUUUAAAUAUACACAGUCCUCUCAAUUUUCGGACCAAACAGAUGCCCACAGUGGAGGCUUAUCAAGGGUUGCAAUGGGGAAGAAGCCUCUCCCUCACUGUCAGCACCAGCUGGUAAAGGUGACUGUACAGAUGUGCAUUUUCCUUUUGGUAGAAAUGGUCCGCAGCACUAACUGGUAAGGCUUAUUGUACAGUAUAUUGUCAGUAUUCUUCUGGUUCAACAUACCUUAUAGUUCAUAUAUAACCUGUAUUAAUUGUAUAGAUUGUGCAUUUAAAGCUGUUACCAAGUUGUCAGAACAUAAGAGCGAAAACAAGGUCAUAUGUAAUAUUUUGUUUGUAAGUAUCCUUUGUAUCAUAGCAAAGGAAAUGUUUAAAAAAAAAUCAACUGUAAUAAAGUAAUUUUAGUACACAGA